UUUUAUAUCUGACCAGCAAUCGCUGAUAGCUUCUUCCCUGAAAGACGGACAACUUUGGUUUUAUUUCUUGAAGUCAGUCCUGAAAUCGUGCGAACUAUUCUGUAGAGAACGGAUAAUAUUAAUUCGAAUUCUUCUUCGUAGACUCAGGCCUCAAAUUAUUUUCUCAAAUUAUUUUACUCUUAGAAUGGGAGACAGAUACCCUGGUGGUUAGAGCAUCUGCGGCGGCAGUUCCCGCGCAUUGGUCCAUCAGUGUCUCACACCUGCCGAGCGAGGCCCCAAAGGUUCAGCACUGGCUACGAAGGUUCAGGACCCUGGAGAGGAGGCGCUGGGACAGGGUGAGAAAAUGGCAGAACUAAGAGAGCAUACGCCCGCAAAAAGUGGCAAAGAGACAAAACAUUUGAGAGGCAGGUGGGAGGUCCAGCUUCACCCCUUCAUCUGUCCCUCAAGGGAGGACUAGGACCUGCUCUGAAAUGAUGAGCUCCUCUGACCUGCACAAAUCCAUUCGAGGAGCAGGUAGCCCUGGGACCCUAUAAACCUUCGCAAGAUGGUUGAUCUCAUGGAACAAGGAGCCCCCACUGGCAGUCAAGUGUGCUGGGCCCACCCGGGCAGUAUGGCCCGUGACCUAUUGAGGGUGGGUUGGCCGUAUCAACGAGCCUGUGUCUCGGGAAAAGUCCAUGCCAACUGAUCUGGGGAGCCAACUGCCAAAAUCCAAUGCGUGGUUGGCCAGUUGCGCCAUCUGCUACCAGGCUUGUUCCUCCAUGCUGACAUGCUGGUUCCCGUUCCCCACAGUUAAGUAAAGGACUCUCCAAGAACCUUUUGUUUUAAGAGUGCAGUUUGACAUUAAAGGGAAUAUGCAUCAUAUUUACCAGCAUGCCCUAUUGCAGUGUGAAUUUUAGAAUAUUUGUUUUAAUAUCUGUGUUUUGCAUGUACUUAUUGGUUAUUUUAUUACAUACUCAUGAAUAUAAAUGUGUUUUUAUAGAUAUUAUUUUCAAAACUAAUCCAACCAGUUUUAUCUAUGCAAUGUAUGUUCCAGUUUUGAUGAUUUAGUUAGUAUCAAUGAACAUUCUUCCCAACCUUGGCAGUCAUUGUGAUAUCCUUACUGGUUGCAUUCCAACAUAAAUAACACUUAAUCUUGCUAGCCAGUAGAAUGACUGUAGGCCUGAUUUGUUCUGUAAACCAAUAGUUUUUUUUUAUCAUUGUGUUUAGGCCCUCAACUUGUAUGACUUUAACAUGUAAGUCUAAUAAGACUGGUAUAAGGUUCCAGAAAGAACCUUCCAAAGACCAAAUAUUUAAGGUAUUAACCUUUAAAUGGCAUUCUAUUUUUAAAAUGCCAAUGAUAAAUUGGUAGUAGUAUAACCUAGCACACAGGGUUCUAGGUAGAACCAUACGCAUGGGGUCUUUGGAGAACCCAAUAUAAUGGUUUCUAGGUAGAACCUUCUGCAAAGAACCAAAACACAAUAAUGUUUCUGGUAUACAUGCUUAACAACUAUUAAAUAUCAAUUUUGGGCCUGUGUUGGUGAUUCCCAAACAAAGGCUUGAUAUGUUAAAAUCUAGAUAAGGUGGCUAAGUACAAAGUUAAUUCAAAUAAAAUGUAAUGGAAUUUGUGGGGUUAAAGUAUUUCAGCAGGCGAGUUAGGAUUCAGCAGCACUCAGGGAACUGGGCUGUUGAUGGUUUCCAUGAAAUUGCAGAUUUCUUUGAAAGGAUUUUCUUGGAAUUUAGUUUAAAGUGCCUGGUGAAAAUCGCACUAUUAAAAGUUAAUAUUGGUCCACUCACACUGAACUCAUAUUUAUGGCAAGCAUCCCUUUUGUUCUGUGCAGAAAAGCUGCUUUUUAACUAAGCAAUUUUUUUCUUUUUCUUUUUUGAAAACGAUUGUUAGUAAUUAAAGAUUAUAUUUUACUUUAAAAAAAUUAAACAUUGGCCAGUUUAACAUCUUUCUUCAUCACAUUGAACAUAUUUUGUGAUUGUUUUCAACUAUCCUUUUUAUGUGAUAUUCAAAUUAUUUUUUAAAGGUAGGUAUCAGAAAUCACUUUGGAACAUCUAGAACGUUUUCUGAGAAUUGCAUAGAUAGUUUUAUAGUUUGUGCCUACUUUAUAUCUUGCCCAAAUGUCCCAUACAGUGCAAUUUAAGGAAACCCUUAGUGACAUCUCUUCCACUCAAGCAAAAAAUAAAACACACACACAAAGGUUCUUAAUUGCAUACUCCUCAGGUGUCUUUCUCAAAACGUAUUUGAAGAGGGGGGGCCUCAGCGUUCCCAUCCAAUGUGUUUUGAGAGGCAGUCGAGAAGUAAGGAGAAUGGAAUUAUGAUCUCCACAUUCAACCGGGUAUUUCCACUGGCAUGGCAAGUAAACAAGUAAAUUCGAAGAUGAACGACCUCAGUGGAUGUGACCAUUGACGAGAGACUGUGAACUAUCUCCGAUUAUAUAAUUGAAAAAUAAGUCAAUCAUUUGGGUUGAGUUGACAUGGCACUCAAUGUAGGCUACAUACAGUACAUACACGGCCCCUCUCUUACACACAAGCUUCUGUCUCUUGCACAUACAUAUAAACAUGCACGCAAAGGCACAUAAACACAUCAAGAUGCACGCACAAACACAAAUUAUAGGCACGCGAACCUAUGAGUUGCAGCUUGUUCUGUUGGCGCUACCUUAAAAAUGUUUUCGCUUAAUACCACGUGAUCCGUUUCCUGGAAAGUUCUUGGAAAUCUGUCUUUUGUGUAGGCCCAUAGCUGUGUGUUUUUAAUAGGGAAACCGAAUGCCGCAGAAAUGACUGUCAUUGUGAUAUGUGUAACAAAAACAGAACAAGCGUAGUUGUGUGACUUUUUUUUUGUGUGUGUUCAUAUCUUGAAAUAGUCACCAAUGAGCUGUGGUCGUUGUUUGUUUUGUACUACCGGCUAGAGAAUAUUAUACCGGAGUUUGUUUACUCGUGUUUGUUUUUAAACUAAUGUUGCCAAAUUGUUAAAAUAUUAAUUGCCCAGACCGAAGAAAAAUAUGACAUGGAAAACUCCGGUGAUCUGUAUUUUUGUUUGUGUGUGGGCGAUAUGGUUAUAAGCUAUUGCCCUUCCCUGCAAGUGUAUUGCUGUUGUGCUUUGUUUCAACUGGCACGUUCGUUUUUUUUUGUCGGAGAAGUGCGCAUUUGAAUGUACAUCGGAUGAGCCGUUUGGUGCUGGAUACUCUUGCAAAUAGGCCGUCACUUUCAUUCAUAAAUUUCAAGGACGAGUGUAGACGAGACUGGUCUUGCGACCGUGGGUCCACUGCCUGUGUUUUGGGGAAUAUUGCUAGAUCUGACGGAUGUCUUUUGGUAAUUUUGGGUGCUUCCCCAAUGACCUGCCACUCAUCCGAAUCCACGGAGACCAUAGAAAAUGGAAGAAGAACGGAUACGGAGUCCGUAGUUGUAGAUUCCGAUGAGAAUCGAAUCGCGCGGGCCAUGAAAGACCUUAAAAAUACAGGCUGGUACUGGGGAAGCCUGACUGCCAACGAAGCCAAAGAGAUUCUCCAGGAUGCCUCUGAGGGCACUUUUCUGGUGCGAGACAGCUCCCAGAGGGACUACCUGUUCACCAUCUCCGCCAUGACCUCUGCCGGUCCCACCAACCUUCGCAUCGAGUACAAGGAGGGCAAGUUUAAACUGGACUCGGUGGUGCUGGUCAAGCCCAAGCUCAAGCAGUUUGACAGUGUAGUGCAUCUGGUGGAACACUACGUGCAGCUGUCCAGGACGACCAGUAAAGGAGCAUCGUCCUUAGGUGCCUCCCAGCCCCUGGGCCCACCCAAUGGGACUGUUCAGCUGCUCCUGACUAAGCCUGUGUACACUGCCGCUCCCUCUCUACAGCACUUGUGCAGGAUUUCUAUCAACAAAGCCACAAGGCAGGUGCAGGGUCUGCCGUUACCCAACAGGCUAAAGGACUACCUGGUGGACUACAGCUACAAUGUGUAGUAGGACUACAAAUCCCAGGUGUGGGAUGGGACAGGACGAGCUGAACUUGUCUCUGAGCGGAAUAGAGCACUGUUGUCCAAUCUGAAGAGACCCCUUUAGCCCCAAACCUUAGACACUGCUUGACUGGCCCUCCUAGAAUGACAAAUUGGGUUGAGCAAUAUGUCCUCAGGUAGGCUAUGAGGGAUCACUUCCAAACUACUUGCACCAUCCAGUUGUUUAAGAUUUAUAGUUUUUCAUCAAAUGGUGCCUACUACUUGUGGUGCCAACUUGCGAAGGGUUCCUUUCAGGCUGGGCAUAUCCGCUACAGAACCUGGUGUGAUGUCAUUUUCAUAAUCUCUGAAACAUGGAUGUGUUUUUUUUUAACCAUUGUGUUUUACCCUACCUGCAGAACCGUUCAAGUGAACAUGGUUUCAGACCCUUCUGAACGAGACCGGGGGGUGGCAGUUGGCACGCACCUUUAAAAAAAAAAAAGCAAUCUGGUUUCCAAGCUCUUUGUUGUUGCUUUACAGUCUCCGCCUCUCAUGUCUGAGACAUGAGCAUCUGACAAUGUCCACCUUUCUCCCUGAAGUAUUUUUGCGUUUGUUUAUAUUCUAUACUAUUUUAUUUUUUUGUAUUGUAAUCAUAGAAGGAACAAAGGCUUUUUUUCAUUUUUCAAAUACUUUUUCUUGUUUCAGAUUUUUUGGUGAUGAAAAAGCGCAGGCAAUAUUACCAUCUUCAAAUCUGGCGCUGGUUUCCCUCUGUCUCUCUCUGUCUCCUACUAAGGGAUGAAAAAAUCAUUGAUUUUCAGGAUGUAAUCAAUCCUGGAUGUUGCUCCCACAACACAUUAGUGUUCUGCGAAACAUCAAUACUUCAUCGCUGCAUUCGCCUUCAAUAGCAUACUCUUUUGAUCAAGUCCAUUCACAUUGCUCACACAGCAGAACUAGACCUUGGUAAGACAGACUGAUUAUAACAGCUGUAGUAGUAGGAUGUAACAUCCACCUUCUAUGGCUGUGAUAAAAGAAGGAAUUGCAUCUCUUAGCGCAUAUUCUAGGUUCACCCAGGGGUUUUCAUUGGAUCAGUGUGAAUAUUUUAUAUCAAUAUUUUUUUAAGUAUUUAUUGACUUUUGUGCUGCUGUGUUUCCUAGAAAAAUUCAGAAACGAAGUUACUAAAAGACACCCUGAAGGCACGUUUUAUUAUAAUGGUUAAAGGAUGUUGGUUGCCUCUAUUCUGCUGUUUGGGAGCUGGUAAUUAAUGUGGCGCAUGGAUGUCAUCAUGCUCUUAUGUGUUGUUUCAACUCAUUAUCAAUAUAAAGUACAUACUGUACAACCAAGGUUCACUGAACAGUGUCUCACAGAAUAUUCCUGAAUUUGUUCAUAAUACUUGAUUAUGAAAAUGUCAUGAUGGUGCUUAAAAACAAUUGUCAACAGUACGUCUACUCUGUGAUGUAACCAGAGAAUAAAAAUACAAAAGAAUGAAAUUAAAAAU